GAAAAGGAGAAAAGGCCGACAGAGGGACGCGAGUAUUGCAAUAAAAUCCGCAGAGACUGAGGUAGGAAAAUGUGGCAGAAGCCAGGUGAGGGCUUGGACAGGAGGCAAGUUUGGUGUCUGCUGGAGACUUCCAUGUUUAGAUCCUGCUGACUCCUGCUGGUGCAGCCAGCCUCGGGAGGGAUCAGCCCAACCACCCCCACAUGUACACCCCCCGUUUCUCUGCUGCUUUUCAGCUGCUGCUGCAUCAAAGGUGAAAGCACCGCUCGUUUCUCUCGCCACCGUAUUUGUCUGUUGUCUCGGUGUGAGGCCAGCUUUCGAUCCUCGGAGGCUGUCAAUAUCCAGCAACUUUAAGGGUUGGAUCCUGAGGCUCCUCACGAUGCAGCAUCACGCGAGUAGAUGUGGCCCGUCUGAUCGUUCAGGAGCCACUGAAGGCCACGAGCAGCUCUGUCCUAAGGAGGGUCCGGACUGCGAAGACCCCGCAGAAUACUGCUAUGGUGGGUACCAUCCAGUCCAGAUUGGGGACACUUUGAACAGAAGGUACCAGGUGGAGUCUAAGCUCGGCUGGGGCUUUUUCUCCACAGUGUGGCUCUGCAGGGACCUCCGGUCAGGCCGGCGAGUCGCUGUGAAGGUGCUGAAGAGCGGCGCAGAGUUCACUCAGGCGGGGCAGGAUGAGCAGGCCCUCCUACGACACUCCAGCGGCCCCGUCGGCCGUCACCCCUCCAGCCAAAGGAUCGUUCAGCUGCUCGAUGAGUUCAAGCUGGCCGGGGUCAACGGGAUCCACGUGUGCCUGGUGCUGGAGCUGCUAGGGCCCAACCUCAGGAGCUGGCAGCUCUGCUUUGGGAGGCCAGGCCUGACGCAGCCUUGGGUUAAGCAAAUACUCACUCAGGUUCUCCAGGGCUUACACUACCUUCACAGUCGAUGUAAGAUCAUCCACACCGACAUCAAGCCAGAAAACAUUCUGCUGUGCCUGACGGAGCAGACCCGUGUUGCACCAGCAGGGGGCAGCAGCUCCAUCUCUUCAGCAGCUGGAAAGGAGCCGGGGAGCACAGAGUCUGACCAUAUGGACUUGCACAACUUGAAGGAAAUUUCAGUGAAAAUUGCUGAUUUGGGAAGCUCCUGUUGGGUGUACAAGCAUUUCUGUGAGGAGAUCCAGACCCGUCAGUAUCGCUCUCUGGAGGUCCUGCUUGGUUCUGGGUACGGGGCGUCGGCUGACAUCUGGAGUGUGGCCUGCAUGGCCUUCGAGUUGGUCACCGGAGACUCGCUGUUCCACCCCAAAGCCGGCGCCUUCAUUUCCCUGGAGGAAGACCAUAUCGCCCAGAUCAUUGAGCUCCUGGGCAAGAUUCCACCAGAUGUUGCCUUGUCGGGUAAAUAUUCAACUGAAUACUUCAACAGCAGAGGUGACCUCCGCCGUGUUGGUCCACUGAGGCCUUGGAGACUUUAUGAUGUUCUGGUGGAGAAAUAUAACUUCCUGCUAGAGGAGGCCUCGAAAUUCUCAGACUUCCUUCUCUGUAUGCUGGAUUAUCACGCUGACAGAAGAGCGACUGCCGCCCAGUGCCUUCGACACCCAUGGUUGAUGUCCGUUUAACCUUCUACAGAGCCUGCAGGUCUGAAGGCCAUGGAAAUUUCACAUGGCCAGAUGCUUUCAGCAGCAGCACCUUUGAAUUUUCAUAUUUGGGGAAUUCCUGUUGCGCUGGGUAGCAUCAGAAGGAGAAUCUUCUUCGCUUGACCUUCAUAAGCACUUUAGGCAUUUUCCUCUUUGCCUUUGUUCUCCUUGGAUUUUGUUAUCAGAACUUUGGUGCAAAUCCCAAGAUUUGUGUUGUCUUUAGAUUUUUAGACCUGAACCUGAACUAUCCUGAACCACAAGUAAGUCGUCAAUUCAUCCAUGUAUUUAUUGAAUUAUUUAGGUUUAUGUAUGAUUAAGGUUUUUCAUUUAGAUACCAGCAAACACAACAGAUUGAUAAUGUGUAGCACUGUCCGUUCUGCUCAUUAUCAAUCUGGGACUGCUCCCAUCGGAUAUGUUUGGGUAAAGGAUAGAUAUUUAGCAGAACUUUCAGAGUUGAUUGGGCAAGCGACACCUAGUGCCCGCCUACCAAAGGUUGGUUUUAGCCAGUCAUGGAAUCUAAGGAAUAUGUGGUAGAAUGCAGGCGCUAUGAGAAACCGCAAUUUAUGCUGCUCAAGGCACUUCUUGCUGCUCUUUCAGAGAAGAAAUUGUGGAUACGGAACCAACAGAUGUGAUAGCAGCAGGCAUAUGUGUGUCCUCCUGAGCUGCCAUGUUUGUUUUGGUUCAGCUGGGGGCUUCACACCGCCCGCUUUCGUCACAACUGUAUGUCCCGCCUUAAACCAUAAUACUGCAACUUCAUUGGCCCAAACCGUUAUUGGUUCGUUCACAAACAGUCGAAGCGAUACAAGACGGAUUCUCUUGUGUUUGUGAACGCACAAAUACCGCGAGAAUUAAGCUUGCAGGCAAGGUUAAUGCUUUAUUAAAGGAAUGCUAAAUGCAUGUUGAGUGAAUUUUAAAUGCGUAGCCUUUUUGCUACAUGUUACAGAAUGUCUGGACAGGAAUGAUUGCACCUCAUCCUAAUUGUGUCCGUAGCACAGUAAUGUGUCUGCAGUGAUGUCAUGAAAUGCACCCUAAGCCCAUUCUGGAGAACAAGCAAUGAGUGUAAACACUGGCAACACGUGCAGCAAUAUUAGAGGAAUUAGCUGUGAUUAUUAAGGAACAAUUGGGUGUUUUUUUU